GCAGGCACACAGCAGCCGCGGGUGCCGAAUCACCGCGUUUGGUUGUGUUCUUUUUGGUGGCGCGAAGUGAGCGCGGUACCUUUUGUACAGUGCGGACGUGGGGACCACGCGUCGUCGUCUUCGUCGUCUUGUGUGCGUGGAAAGGAAAAGAGGGGGGCCCCCUGCUUGUCCCGAGUGCGCUGUGUUCCAUGCUUGAUCGACGGGGCCUGGUUUUGGUUCCCGCAUGUGGGGUGAGCAGUGCGGUGAGCGCGUCGUCGUCUCGGGCGGCCAAGAAGGCCUAAGCGGGCUCUCUUUGCGGCCAGCGGCGUGAGAAAAGAAGCGAGCGCGCUCACGCGCGCGAGCCGCGCGCGAGCCGUGCCGCCGCCGCUUUCCGCGGCCCGCGAUGAUGUGUGGUCGGCUGCGCCGGCGGGCGGCAGUGGCUCGCGAGGCCGGCCCCGCCGUAGCUGCCCAAUGAAGCGUCGCGGUGGUGGGCGGCGUGCGUCCGACGGCAGCCAGCGUGUUCUCGUUCCCGCUGUUCGGAGGACCCAAGGGGCCCCUCGGCUCCGUGCUGCCGCCGGCGGCUCGUGGCAUGACGUCGGCGGCGCCGAAAGCGGCGGGGCCCCCCAUGAGCGGCGCGGGGCCUCCGCCCAUGCCGGACCUGAGCCACCUGACCGAGGAAGAGCGCCGAAUCAUCGAGUCCGUCAUGGCUCGACAGAAGGAAGAGGAAGACCGAGAGAAGGAGAUCCUCAAGAAAAAGCAGGACGAGGUGCAGUUGCUGGAGACGGCCAUCGGCCAGCGCAGCGCCGAGCAGCGCAAGCUGGGCGCCGAGCUGGAGGCCACCUGCCAGAUCUGCCUCAAGACCAAGUUCGCCGACGGUAUCGGGCACAUCUGCAACUACUGCAGCAUACGCUGCUGCGCCCGCUGCGGGGGCAAGGUCACGCUACGUUCAUCCAAGGUCAUCUGGGUCUGCAUCCUCUGCCGCAAGAAGCAAGAACUGCUCAUCAAGACCGGCCAGUGGAUACACGGGGGCUCGCAGCUGGUGCCGCCCACCGCGGGAGGGCUGCCCGGAACAGGCGCCAGGGGGCGCCUAGAGCGAGCCCAUUCUGCCGAAAAGGACAACUACACCGGCCACCCGGCAUCCAUGCCAAUGGGUCUUGUGCGGGGAGGAAGUCUGCAACGGUUAGGAAACCUCGGAGGGCGGGAGCUUCGGCGGCAGUAUUCUUCACAGGAGCCGUGUCUUGGCGACCGGCGCCUGUCCGGCUGUGACCCACACAUGCGCUCGUCGCGGGAACCCUCGCCCGAGCGCCGGUGGCCACCUCGGCUACAGCCACAGCCGGGUCAGCCCUUCGCACCGCACCUCAUGCAACAGCAACAGGGCCCUUCCAUGCAGGGAGGCCUCUCCCAGCAGCAACAGCAGCAGCAGCCGCCGUCCCUGCAGAGCGCGCAGGCCGGCGGCAUGCACCACAUGCAGCACACUGUGACGGGCCUUCAGCCUCAGCAGCAGCCGCAGCCCCAGCAGCAGCAGCGGCGCAAGGUGGACUCCGUGGUGCGCAAUGACUCGCUGAGCUCGGACCAGUCUGAGUGCGUGCGGCCGCCUCCGCCCAAGCCGCACCGGCACAAGCGCGGACGCAAGAUGCGCCAGCGCUCGCUCAGCUCCUCGGACGACGAGGCCCGCUCCACGCCGGACUGCUCCAGCUGCGAGGAGAGCGAGAGCGUCAGCGAAAAAGGUGACUGCGCGUAUGCGCCGCGCGUGCCCCCCGUCGGGGGCGUGGCGGCGAGCGUGCCUUACGCAUACGCCACGGCGACUACUCCCAAGGGCGGCGGCUGUAGCGCGGGCAGCGGCUCCGUCGACACGUGCCGAAAGAAAACGGUGCGCUUCAAUCGGGACCACGGAGGCUGCAGGGACGCGCUCACCAAGGACUCGGGCAUUGACACCAGCAGUAGUGCGACGCUGAACGAGGACUUGUGCCUCAAGCACCCGGCUUCGUGGAAGCCCUCGGCGGAUGGCACGCGCAUGCUGGGUCACAUGGUGCUGAAGAAGAACCUCCAGGAGGGAGGCAGCUCGAGCGCCGCCAUCUUGGGCCUCAAGGUGGUUGGCGGAAAGAUCCUCGAAUCCGGCAAGUUGGGCGCUCUCGUCGAGAAGGUCAAGAAGGGCAGCGUCGCCGACACCGUCGGACACCUCAGGCCUGGAGACGAAGUCUUGGAAUGGAACGGUCGGUCACUUCAAGGGAAAACAUACGAGGAGGUCUACGACAUCAUAUCAGAAUCUAAGCAGGAAAUGCAAGUCGAGCUCGUCGUUUCCAGGCCACUCAGCGAUGCUGGAAGAGGAGACAUAUCGGACAGAAAUAUGAGGAGACACGUUUCCGGACCCAGCACGGGGAGCACCGCACGGCGAGACGUGAGGAAGCACGACUACUCAGACCGGAGGCCCAGCGUUACGGUGACGCCCGGCUCCCCCACGUUAGGCCACAGACCUCGACGUUCUCCAAUACUUGGCGGACGCAUCCGGAUCAAACUCUGGUACGAUGCUCAAUCCCUGCAGUUAGUUGUUACAAUUGUUUGUGCCACAGAGCUUCCACCGCGAUCUAAUAACCAAGCCAGGAAUCCCUAUGUAAAAAUGUUCCUGCUCCAAGAUAGAAGUGAAAAGAGUAAAAGAAGAACAAAGACCAUCGCCAACACGAAUGAGCCCAAGUGGAACCAAAGUUUCGUGUACGCUCCACUGCGGAAAAGUGACUUAAUAAACCGAGCCCUGGAGGUGACCGUCUGGGACUACGACCGAUACGGCGCCAACGAUUUUCUCGGAGAGGUUGUGAUUGAAUUGGCUACGGCGCCUUUAGGUGGAGAUGGCGAAUGGUACCCCUUAACCAGUCACGAGGAAAGCUUAGGUGUACAGUAUAAAAAUCGCAACAUGUACCUGGAUACGGAAGGUACGAGCUCAGUGACGUCAUCAGAUCGCCUCUCACCACCAUCCACGAUAUCAAGGCUCUCCGACAGCGACCUGUCCGAAAUUGACUACGACGAUGCCAUCCCCAUCCUCAGAGACCGUCGCAGCCUGGAGGGCCCGAGCCUACCAGCGUCGGCGGGCAGCCCCCCGCUGGAAGAGGAGUUCGGCGAGCGGCCCACGCGUCGGGACAUGCCUCACCGGCGCCACCGUUCGGGCUCCGUGGUGCUCCCCGGCGGAGGAGGCAGGGAGCCGCAGCAGUCGCUGUACCGAGUGCCUUCCCGGUCGCUGGGCUCCGGACCCAUGGGCGGCCGGCUCAUGCAGUCCAGCUCCAGGUCGCUGUCGCCGCCGGACAUAAGGCCCCGGCUGCCUCCGCACGACGAUCGCAUGCCCGGCAUGGUUGGCCGGGUGUCCCACUCCCUGGGCGGCACGCCGACGGGCACGCCUACGCCUAAGAAGCGCCACCUGCCCCAGGUGCCACCUCCCGGUGCGCGUAGGGCGCCCGGUACCAGCCGGGACCAGAUGACCCUCGACAUGGAGGAACGCGCCCGACAGCUCAAGCUCCAGAUCAAGCAGCGCCGAUCCGGCACAAUGACACCGGUCGGCAUGUACUCGGACAGCGAGGUGAGCCUGCGACACCACCAGGCCCUGGAGCACGCGCACCACCACCACCGCGGAGGUGGCCUGCCCCCGCCCGCCCUGCAGAGGGGCCGUGGUCCCUCGCAUCACCACCGGGGCGGUGGCAGCCGGCUAGCCGCCGGUCUGGGUCUGGGCGGUUCUAUGCUCAGCCCCGAAGGGGGCGCCGAGGGCGGCGCCGCCGGCGAGAGCGACGGCUCGGAGACCAGCUCCGUGUCCAAGUUCUCCGUCACCAGUGCCUUCUCCACGCAGUCCGAGCGCCCCAGGAGUAGCAGGACGCUCAGCGAGUUCACGACGCGCAUGCAGAGCUACGGGCCCGUGCACCCGGUUCGCACGGCGCCCAGCGGCGCGACGCUGGGCCGCACCCACAGUGAAGAGGAACCCACCAGCAUCGAGAAAGUGGACGGCAGCCUCUCGGACACGGCUGUCGGCUCGCUCACGGAAAAGGCCGCCGACCGGCUACUCAGCGCGAAUGUUCGCCUUCCGCCCAGCCAGAAGAAGCGGCUGGGCUUUCGCAAGAAACGGUCGUCGACCUUCAGCGUGCACCGCAGCGAGGAAGUGGCGCCCGAGGAGGUGCGCCACCUGGUGCGGCAGGCCAGCAGCGUAUCGUCCGACGGGGAAGGGAGCUUGAGUGGAGACAGCGCCACGUGGCUGCCUUCGCUCAGGCUCGCAGCCGACGGCGGCGAGUUCGCCAAGUUCGUCGACAAGCUGGGGCCCGGCCAGCUGGUAGGCCGCCAGGCGCUCGCCUCGCCCAUCCUAGGCGAGCUGCAGGUCUCACUCUGCGACCGGCGCACGCACCUCGAAGUCGAGGUCAUACGUGCCAAGGGACUGCAGCCCAAGCCCGGCGCCAAAAUGCUGCCAGCACCUUAUGUCAAGGUGUACCUCAUCAACGGCAGAAAAUGCAUAGCAAAGGCGAAAACGGCAACAGCUCGACGAACUCUAGAUCCACUUUACCAGCAGGUGCUAAUAUUUAACGAAGAUUACCGAGGUUGUGUCCUUCAGGUGACGGUUUGGGGCGAGUACGGGCGCAUGGAGAAGAAGGUGUUCAUGGGCGUGGCUCAAAUAGUGCUCGACGAGCUGAACCUGGCCAACAUGACCAUCGGCUGGUACAAGCUGUUCCCGCCAUCGUCACUGGUCAGUGUCGCCGCGGCCGCCUCCUCUUCUUCGCAAGGAAACUCGCUCGCCUCCAUGGACAGUUUCGGCUGACAAAGACAUACGCAGCCGCGAGGCGACAACGCCAAGCGGCGCUACCAUGGCACUACAACAAGUAGGGGACACAGGGGCACCCGAGCACGGCAGUGCGGACAAUUCCCACCGGGUUCGCGACGAGGACGAAGAGUGGUUGCAGCAGCCAUCGCCGCCAUCAUCGUUGUUGUGACUGUGCAGGAAAUGACUCACAGUGGGGAGGGCAGAGAGACUCUGUGGUGCGAUCUCUUAGCUCCGCGGUGGCUGACCAGAGGUGCAGAAGGAACCGUACAAAAGGAGACACACACACAACAAAAAAAAAAAACCACGAGGGAUGCCCGACGAAGAAAGGAGGGUGUGACACCGAUGCGGUGUCGCUGCUGCCUUGUACUUCUCGCUCGAGCCCCUCCACACACCACCCGACAACUUGCUCUCUCACCCAGGCGCCUCCCACUUCCUCUCCCCAAAAUCCCCAAAGUAGAAACAAAAGAAACACAAGCGCGGGCAGACAGGCGAGAAUACUCUCGCUCGUUGCCCGGCCACUGAACAAAAAAGAAAGACAACGCCCGGCAGUUUUUUUUUCUUUCUUUUCCUUUUCGUGGGAAAAAAAACACACUUACACACAGGUAUGUGCGUGAGGGCAGCAAAAAAAAAAGCUCGAAAGAGAGAGAGAGGGUGAGGAAGUGAGAGCUGUUUUCUGCAGCAAAAGAUGCUCAGAUUCAAUAGAUAUAUAAAUACUAUACAUAUGUGCAAAUCGGAACUUUCCAAGCAUGGUAUCUCUCUCUCUACUUGUUGGCCUUCCGUUGAUUUUAUAAGCGUAUCUAUUCCUCCAUUUCAACAUUCUGUUUGUUUUCCUCCUUACAUUUCAUUCGAUAGAUGCUCUUUCUCGGUUUUUAUAUUUUCUUUAGGUAAAAAAAAAUAAAACAGGAGGGACGGAAGCAAGUUUUACUUUCAAGCUUCUCUCAAGUCUCGAGGGAAAGUGCCUGUUAUGCUCUGUGCAUACGUCUGUCUGUAUCUUGUGCUGUUUCUAUAGGAUGCCUAGGAAAAAGAACUGUCCAUGUACUAACCUGAUGGAACCGUGUGCGUGCAUGGGCUGGAAAAGUGUCAUCACUCAUUGUUGAUCACAUCAUCUUGUGAAAUACUAUAUAUACAUAUAUAAAUAUAUAUAUAUAUACACACACACAUGUAUAACACAUAAUGCUGUUCUUAUCUGCCGUUUCUUGUUUCUGUUCCUUUUUUCAUUUAGGCAUUGUUAUACAUGACGACUGCUCUAAGAAGACAUCGCUUCGACGCGUUUUUUCUUCUUGUUCUGUUGACAAGUGCUGUUGUGUGAUGCAAGUGUGAGGAGCGAGAGGAGAGACGAAAAAAAAAAUAAGGUUGUUGGUUCUUGCAAACUCUUUUUCCCAUCAAUGCUGUGCUUUGUUCUUGCUUUUCACAUGUGGUUGCUGUUUUCUAUUGCCCACACAAGACGACUACUUCUUCUACUACUACUAUACUACUACUACUACUAUUACUGCUACUACUACCAACAAGAGAAGCGACUGUCUGCUCUUAGUUGAUUUUUUUUUUCCGUUUCCUUCUUAAACCUCCUCUGCUGAAUCAAAAUGGAAAGAAAAGAGAGAUGCCAGUUUCGAGUCAUUUCUUACAAUACGACAUCACACCUUCGAGUUUUUUCGUCUCCGUAGGAAAGGUUCCAGUUUCAGCAGUCCGAUAACGUGGAUUUCGCUGCACACAUAGGCUCACCUGCUAAAUAAACCCUCGGCUUCACAGCUCUGGUCUGAAGCUGGGACAUUGUAAUGCAAGACAAAGGUUAACCCGUUGCAAAUUACUCUGUCUCCAUUUGUUACUGCUGAUCUUGUUGCCUUGUUCACAAAGUAAAAAAAAAGAAAGCUAUUCUGGUAGAGGAAUACGCAACUUUGGUUGUAACAAAAGUGAGACCGCAUUUUUUAAAUUUUUUGCUGUACCUCUCCAUUACAGCCGUAACUUACGUUUCGAGUUUUUUUGUUGUUGUUGUUGUCUGUUUUCUAAUGAGUCCUCAUACUUUCAGACAUACUACUAGAGUAUUACUACCGCCAUUUACACUUCUACAGCUACUGUUGCUACAAGCUCCACUGUUAUGAGAACAUGGGAGAAGAUUGUGAAUCACAUGACGUGUAUGGCAGCCCUGCUCCUUUUGUUUUCCCCCUUGGUAGCAUCUACCUCAUCGGCAGGGUAUUAUUUCAGAAACAGUACAGCUCACGGAAGGAAAUCAGUAAAAGCAAUCUGCUGCAGCCCAAGAACUGCAGGAGAAUACAGUAAGCGAGCCUUCUUAUUUCUCUCGCGUCCACACCUCGAAAAUGAAAACUGAAGUGUUUGUUUCUCUCAAUAGAAAGAGCACCAAGGUGCACUGGAAUACACAUGUUUUUAAAAAAAAUCGCAAGAAACCUAACUGAAUAUGAAGGAAAAAAGACUGCUUCUAGCGUAGAAAACCCCAGAAACACGCAUUCAAUUCUGCGAGCGAAAAAAGAAAAAAAAAAUUGCAGACCCGGUAAUCAUUAUCCACAGAACUGCACGCAAGUGGCAGACUGUAAUCCCAAACAAUAUAUAAAUAUUAUACAUAUAUAUAUGAAUAUAUAUAUAUACACACACGUGUAAUAUACAUAAAAAGAUGCUCUACGCUUCGCAUACUAGGUACACCCGCAGCCAAAUUUGGAGAAACCAAAUACGAGUACUGCUUGCCACACUUUUUCUCACGAUACACGUAAAGUUCUUCCAUAUCACCUCAUAGGUUGUCCUUCGAAAUCAUCUUUUUCUGCUGGCCGAAGCAGCAUGUUUGCUCGAGCAUGAAAAAAAAAAAAAGAAGACGGGAGGAGAGGAGUGAAACGAAGAGAUUGUGUUAUUUUACGAAUAACUAACAAGUUGUGCUUUUUCAAGCUUCUGUCGAUAGUUGGCGCGGUUAUGCGAGUAGUGCAAAAAAACAGAACUACCAUUGUGCAACAACUGCAUCAUUCCUUCAUUCUCAAACUUGUUUUCUGUUACAUUUCUUCGACAAACCUUUUUGUUUUAUUGUUUUUUUUUACUUCAUUACUUCCGUUUUCCAUUUCUCUCCUUGCUUUGGGCUUACUUAGAACGCCCACAAGUAAGAAAUACAUGGAUAUUUGUGAUAUAAAUAUAUCCGUGUGCCGUGUUGAGAAAAAAAUUGUGGAAAAAAAGGAACACUUGGUAGGAUUGGGACUUGUGGUGCAGUGAUGUUGCUGAUGCAUUUUGUAUACUGUACCAAUACAGUUUGCCUUUUUGAUCUUUAAAAGCA